UGAACUUUGCGGUCUCUUUGGAGAUAGUUGAGCAAGUUUCGGGUGUUUUCCUGGUGCGGGAGCAGAGGGGUUGGAGGGGCUGGAGAUGCACAGGGAGGUCUGUGGGUUAAUAUUUUUUCCUGCCCUUACUCCGCUUCCUUGCAGCCGGGCAGAAGCUAAUCCAGUGCACGAUCUGAGACCGUUUGGCCGCAGCGAUUUCCGGUUUUAUUUUGUUGCCUUUUUCCUGUUCCACGAAAAAGACGGGCCAGAAUUAAUUUGCUCCUAAUCUGGGAAAGCAGCCGGCGGGGCUUGACCUCCGCCUCGUCCCUUCCCUCCCAUCCCGGCCCCUGGGAUCAUCCCGCCGGCCGCCGGCAGCAACAGGAGGGGUUUGGCCAGAGCCUCCUUGCCUUUCCUACCGGGUUCUGGGCUUUGGGAAAACCUGCCCCAGCCUCUGCCCCCGCCCCGGCCGGGCCAUGUGGCUUCUGUUUGUACACAGAUGAGUAAGGCGGGCGCUCGGAGGCAGCGCGGGCGGGCACGCAGCAUCCCGCAGCGGCGCCGUAAGUACCGGCCGCUCGGCUUCUCCAUCCCUUUCCUCCUCCCUGGAUCGUUCCCCUCUCGCUGCUCGGGGGAGCCCGGGGCUUCCUUCGCACGGCGGGAGCUCGCUGGGUGUUUUCCAGAGGCGCCGUGGAAAGAUGAAGCCUGGAGGUGGAGGGGGGAGAGGUGAAGCUGAAGCCAUCGGCCACCUGUCCUGACCCUGGGGAGCUUCUCUUCACCCGUCCCGGGGUGGCCCCAUCCCACCACAUCCCCAGUGGGGUGUGAGAUGCAGCCAGGUGGGGUGUGAGGCACCAUCAGGGCUGGUCCCCAAGGAAGCUGAGCCAGAAACAUCCCUUGGAGGAAAACAUCCACCCGGAGCCUGGACCUGCACCAUGCUGAGCCUCAAGUUACCCCGGCUGCUCAGCAUCAACCAAGUGCCUAAGGGGUACCAGGAGCAGGGGAUCCUCUUUGGGUAUCGCCCCCCAAGGAGCUCAGCAGCUGACUGCCUCCUCAGUGUCUUCCAAAUGACAAAUGAGACCCUAAAUAUCUGGACACAUUUUGUGCCUGCCUGGUACUUUGUGUGGACCCUGGUGGGGCGGCUGCGGGGGCAGUGGGGCCAGGAGGACCCCCACUCCUGGCCCCUCCUCGCUUACCUGCUGACCUGCUGCAUCUACCCCCUGGCCUCCAGCUGUGCCCACACCUUCAGCACCAUGUCCACCCGUGCCCGCCACAUCUGCUACUUCUUUGACUACGCGGCGCUCAGCAUGUACAGCCUGGGGUCUGCGCUGGCGUACUCGGCUUACGUCUUCCCAGCGGAAUGGGUGGGCAGCACCUUCCACCACUGCUAUGUCCCUGUGGCUGUGUUCAACACCCUUGUCAGCACCAGCCUGUCCUGCUAUUCCAGGUUUCUGGAGGUGGAGAGGCCCAGGCUCAGCAAGGCUUCCCGCACCCUGGCCUUCAUGUACCCCUACCUCUUCGACACCAUCCCUCUGUUCUACAGGCUGUACCAGUGCACGGCGCAGAGCUGCUCGGAGGCCGCCAUCCUGCUGCACUACAGACACACCGGGUUUGCCUUCCUCACCUGCUUCAUCUUCGCCAGCCGCCUGCCCGAGAGCCUGGCGCCCGGGCACUUCGACUACAUCGGGAGAGAAGUGCCAGCGCUCCCCAGAGCAACAGGCACCACCAGGUCUGCCUCACGGAGGGGUCGGGGGGCCGGUGACCGCCGGUCACCUGGUGACACAGACGUCCUGGUCACCAGGUCAGACCAACAGCCAAGACUCCUUGGUGAAGGAAUCAUUAAGGCUCUCCCAGGGGCUCCCUAACCAAGGUUUCCACCUUGAAAGGGGCAUCAUUUUGGAGAGUAGAGCCCCAGGUACCCGUUGCACAGCCUUACACUACACACAAGUGCCUGAUGGAUGCGGGGUUGAGAGAGACAAGAAUUUGCCUGUUUUAAAUUCAGCUUUUUGAAAUAAUUACCUGGAAAGAGUUACUCUGGAAGAGCACUCCAUAGGACAUUCCUCCAAAAUACCUUAUUUUUGGGUCCAAUUCCAGUGCAUAGGUAAGUCCUGGGGGAUUAAUUCCCGUGGGACAGCUGAGCUCCUGCCUGUGACUGCCUGGUGGCACUGCCACAGAACCACGGGCUCGUUCUGGUUGGAAAACACCUUUAAGAUCAUUGAGUCCAACCAUAAACCAGCUCCACCAACCGUCUGGCACCAAACUCCUCAGUCCUGUGCUCACCACCAGGCUCCUCCUGCAGCCUCAGUUGUGGUACUGAGCAAAAGUGGAGGGAGAAACACCCGUGAGGUGAGGACCUGGCCUUCCUCAGGAGCACCGGUUGGUGCUGUGUUUAACACGGGUGUGAAGCCACGCUGUCCUGAAGGGGUGCUGGACACCUUGCUGAUUGCUGUGGCUGGGAAAUUCCUGACUGCCAUGUCAGGGCAUCCUUGAGGUGUUUCUGGAGGUGGGACACUGGGCUGGAGGGACUCUGGUCCGGGUGUGACAGGUGGCAGAGCCAUCACCUCUGAACCUCUCUAGUUGCUGGUGCCACUCACAGGCAAGAAUGUUUUUCAUGAGUGAACAGGGUGGGGGUGUCUGGGGAGAAUAAACCCCCAGCUGGGCAAGGAGUGGGGGGUCUGUGGAGCUGGGAGCAUGGUUGGAGAAAGGCAGAACAACUCAGCUGGUAACACCCAGGAUAUCAAACCUGGAAUCUCAAAGCAUCUCCAGAGUGGGACCUCUGCUCACCUUAGACCUUGCUUUCCUUUGCUGCUGCAUCUGGAUCUCACAGCAGAAGGGAAAAGUUCUGGAGGGAGCCUGGAGAUGUCAGCAUGGUCUGGGUGAGGAGGGGAGCUCAGCUGGUGGCUCCAUCCAGGUUCUCCCACUGGAUUUACUGAAUACCAAGCAGGAGGUACAGGAACUCAAAGAUUUCUGCUAGGGAAUAUUAUCAAGCUUCUUGAUAAUCAUACGGGUGUGUAAUUUGUUUUGCAUAUAAUUACCUCUAUCAAGGUAAAAUUGAUGCACUUUUGAGUGACAAUACAACGGCUCGUUAAACAUAUUCUGGGACAAAUAAGUCUUUUGAAAAACAGCUUUCUUUUGAAGGCUGACCAAGAUUUAUAUUAAUAUUUAUAAGCACUGGGAACAUAAUUGUUUAUUCAACAGUUUUAUUUGAUUAAAAGAGAAAACUAAUGUAACUACUGCACUGAUAUAUGCUAACCUGAUUUGUAUAGUUUCAUAAAAACACCAUCUGCAAAAAUUAAUCUCUUCAGAGAUAAUUGCUGAUAAUUGCAAAGCUUAUUUACCUUGUGUACUCACUGGAAAGGAAUCUGGCUCUGCCUGCAAGACAUGAUUUAAGAGUCUGUAAAAUUUACAUGAAUCAUUGUACAGUUUGUAUUUUUUUUCCUCGGUUGCUUAACUUUGAAUUUGGGAAACCCUCUUAUCCUUUUCAGGUGCAGUUAUUUGUAGGAAAACUACCUUAAAAAAAUGUAACACUGAAUUAUACACUAGACCAUAAUCCCUCUGGAUCCUGCAGCCUUUUUUCUGGCACACACUGAACGAGUCAGUGUUUGAACUUGAAGCAGCACAGGUCAGCCAGAUUUCUUCUUCAGUUGGAGAAAGGCCUUAAAAAAAAAAUAUAUUCAAUGUACUAAAUUUUAUUCACAUGAAGAAAUAAAAACUCGGUGUCAAAUUGCUACGAG